UACUGUAUAUGUUUCUAUUUAGAUAAAACAGUUUUGAAUAACUAAUAAUUUCACUUAAAAAUGGAUGUAAUGAAGUGAUGGACAAUUAUUUUCCAUCUCCAAGAAAGAUUCAAUUAACAAGGUCUGAACCAAAUAAUAUAAAGACAGUCCAUCCUAUAAGGAUUAACAAUAGUAGAGGUCAAGAAAGGAAUUCGUUCACAACUCGAUAUAUUUCCAAUGAGAGAAAUGCAGUUCCACACCCGCCAAAAUCUGUACGGCCAAAGCUUACAGUUGUAUCUCCAAACAGAAAAUUAAGAUUGCCUGUCGAAUCACUUAAUGAUUUACGGAGAGGUAGUGGUGAUGGUGAAUCUUCGCAGCAUUCAGAAGACGAACAAGGUUUAGAAAAGUCUUUGAUGCGAGUGCCUGGUGAUGGCUGUUUUACUUACUCAACAGAAGAAAGUGAUAUUGAAAGUGCGAUAAACUUUCAUGAUGCCAAUGGUAAUUGUUUUAAUGAGUUUGAUCUAAAUAAUGAUGACAUCUUUGGUGAAGAAAUUUUUGAAGAUGAAUUUAUGGAAAAUGAGACAGAUUUAUCAGAAGAAAGUACCGAUUUAAUACCAACAGCUGAAAGCGAGCUUUCCACUUUUAAGAAUGAUUUUGAGAAGUUAUGUAGCAUUAAAAGUUCACCAAGCCUUAGAUUACAAACAUCAAAGGGUUCAUUAGAUGAUGAUUCACCUUUACCAUUGCUACAAAGUUUAUUUUCUGAUAAACCCCCAACUCUUUAUUUUACAGUUGAAGGGGAAAAAGUUAGCUCUCUUCCACCAGAAAUCAGAAGGAUAUUAAAGUGGAAGUCUAGUACUGUAACCCCAAAAGUUGUAAAGGCUUGCUUGGCGAGAACUGGUUUUAGAAUAACAAAAAAAAAUGCUGAUUGGCUUGGUGUAUGGGGGAAGCACAUGAAAUCUCCUGGUUUUAAGACCAUAAAGGCUUACCAAAAGUUUAACCACUUUCCUGGCACGUUUCAUAUUGGCCGCAAAGAUAAACUGUGGAAAAGUUUUACUAAAAUGAGAACACUUCAUGGUCGAAAGGAAUUUAGCUUUCUACCGCAAACAUUUGUUCUUCCACACGACAUCAACAAUUUGAGAAAAACGUGGGACGAAUCAGUUGGAAGUUGCAAGUGGAUUAUUAAACCGCCAGCAUCAGCCCGAGGCUGUGGUAUUAAAGUUAUCCACAAAUGGAACCAAAUUCCGAAAAAGCGACCAGUUGUCGUGCAAAAAUACUUAGCAAAGCCGUAUUUGAUAAAUGGAAGAAAGUUUGACUUGCGUAUUUACGUUUAUGUAUCGUGUUACGACCCGUUACGAGUUUAUGUGUUUAAAGAAGGAUUAACGAGAUUUGCAACUUCCAAAUAUUCAACAUCUUCGAAAUGUCUGUCAAACAAAUAUAUGCAUCUAACCAACUACAGUAUCAACAAAAAAAACACCAGUGUGUACACAACCACAGAUGAUGUUAGCAGUACUGAUGCACAUAAAUGGAACCUGAAAACGUUAUGGUCUUACCUCAGACAACAAGGAGUUAACACUAAAAAGCUUUGGGAAUCCAUCAAAGACAUUUGUGUAAAAGCAGUGCUAUGUGGAGAAUGCGCAGUCAAUACAGCUCUAAAACAGAAUGUGAAAAGCAGACAUAAUUGUCAUGAGUUGUUUGGAUUGGACAUUCUAUUGGAUUCACAUUUGAAACCAUGGCUACUAGAAGUCAACAUUUCACCAAGUUUGCAUUCAAGUUCGGAAUUGGAUAAAACUAUUAAAGAACAAUUGAUAAAAGAUAUCUUCAAUAUCGCUGGUUUUAAUCUGCCGAAAUCACUCAUGUGUAAUCUUUCUGGAAAGUCUUCUAAUAUUGAGGAAUAUGGAGCUGAUAACUACUGGUUAGACCACCGCUCUCUGUCUUCAGAUGAAAAAGCAAAGCAUACAUUUUACCUGCGACAACACCAAGAUACGAGAUUAAGAAGUAGUAUACUUGACGUUCUAACACCAGAUGAUGUUUUGAUGCUUAUGGAGACUGAAGACGAGUUCAGUCGGUGUGGUUUGUUUGAGAGACUUCUACCAACUGCACAGUCUAAACCAUAUCUUCAAUUUUUUGAAACCCCUCGUUAUUACAACAUCCUCUUAGACGAGUGGACGAAACAGUAUAUGAGGGAUGCGUACAGGCCUAGCAUUGGUAUUUCGUUACUUCAGUCGCUUGCAUCGAAAGGCGUGCAUCUUUGUAAUGACAACCAGGUUGAUCCUCAUCACCAGUGGACUUUAUGUCACACAAAGAAAGUUAAGACGAAAUCAUCUUCAGUUUCAACAUCUAUCAGAUCUCCAGUUUCAUCAUUACCUAUCAUUCGAAAGAAAAAACCUAAUUAUAUGUGUCGAACGUACAGCAAUCAAUCCACUGGAGGACCACUGACUUCUUCAGUAACAAAAAAUCUUAUUUGGGUGAAGCCCACAAAACGUGAUAUACGUGGACCAAGCUACGAUUAACGUUCUUACUAAAACCCUUUUUACACUGACAGCAUUUACUUUCGUUAAGUUAUUUAACCUAACUUUAUUCGUACUGAUUUUCGCGUGUCUAAAUUUUCGCCUAGUACAAAAACUAAAAUUUAUUCCACGCGUAUUAAAUCUCACGCAAUGGAAAUAUGAGCUUAUUUCGCGUGUAUUAAUUAUCGCGCGGAUUUAAUUUCCCACACAUAGGCAAAAGAUAGAGACGUUUAAAACGCUUGCCGUAAUCAAUUUUGUUUCUUGGAAAAUCAUAGCUUCAUGCGCAUUAAUUUAAGCGCAAAAUGUUUUGUCGCGUAAUUUCUUUGCUAAGCUGCGCGCAGUAACGAUCGUUUUUCGCGCAAAAAUUACUGCGAAUAAGGCAGUUUUUUUAAAAGAAGCAUGCAAAUUUAAAUCAAAAUUGUUUUCGCGCAAUAUUAAUCAAUUUCACUGAACAAGAACGAAAAGUAGAAAAUGUCUCACCUGUAGAAGUUCGAAGUGAUUUAUGUGAAAGUUGUUUGUUCUUUAAUUGUAUUUAUUAAUUUAUUUGUUUAUGUAUUUAUUCCUGAGUAUUUAUUAUUUUUAUUACAUGUUAACAUUGUAAGAUAACUAUUUAUUAUUUAUAUUUUUUAAGGUUAAAUUAUUUUUUAAGCUGAAGUUUGUAUACAUAUUUUUUAUGAUCAGUGGAGUUUAUACUAUGUCAUUCGAUGUCAGAGUGAAAAGAACUAUAAGCCUUAUACAACUUAGAGGGUGAGCUUCCUAAAAUUACCAACGUACUAACCCUAUUUGUGCAAGGGGAAUCCUGUGCUCCCCUGUUAAUUUCUUAUCGUAUAAUUUUAUUUUUUUUAUUCAGCGAAAUAUGUCGAAGAGUUGCAUAAAAUGUUUUUAUAACUCUUCUUAGCAAAUGUGUGAUUAAAUUUCAGACGAAUCACAAAUUUGAUGACGCCAUUGGCAAACGCUGGCGUCAACAGUUUUGUUGCUUAAGGCCUUGCAACACUCUGGUAAGUUUCAUGCCCAAUGAACUACAAAUGCUGAAAUUACAAAAGAAGGUGUGUCGCAGUAUUCCUCUGCUUGAUCAAUAUUUUAAUUAUAUAAAAAUAUUUUCCAAAAUACGCGGCCACGAGUUUUACAUACGGUGCCACGUGUCUACAAACAUGACUUUAAACUUGUCUCAAGACACGGCCCCUAGUUUCAAAUACGCGGACGCUGAUUUAAGAUACCCGGCUGCUUUUUUUCAAAAAGGUAAUUCCUGACCUGUGGAACAAAUUUACAGACUAGGUACGGUGAGAUAGGCUGUGUUAUAAACACGCGGCCAUCUCCACAAACUUUAGAGACCUGCGCACGUAGUAAGCUAUGUUGUAAGGGCCUUUUGAAUGCAUACCACAUUCACAGAUCUAACUAAAAAAAUAAAGCUAACAAGUCCGAGCCGUUCUGCAACUUGUAGCACACCAUUUAACUUUAGCACUUUAAUUAUCUUUUUGCCGACAUUUGUAUGUCGGUAAUUUUUUUCAGUGUGGCUAAUCUAUUUUUAAUUUUCAUCUUUCUGCUAAAUGUUUUUGUUUAUCGUUCGCCAUAAUGUAUCUAUGACGUUCUGAGACCUAUACAGUGAAUCCCUUUGAUGACGUCAUUUUGUUUUUAAUUUAACCUGGAUGUGAAAAUUGUGAAUGUAGUGAAAAGGGCUGGCCUCCUACGCAUGACGCCACAUUGAAUAACAAAACAAACGGUAUUUUCGUUUGCUUCGAAUCUUAACAAGUAAAAGAAUAAUGAAUUGAUAUUCAAAAGGACAGCUAUAGUUGAAUUUUUAUUCGAUACGUGUUUAAAUUUUUUAUUUUUUUGUUUUUUAUUCUUCAAUUCAUUCAGAUUGAUUUUUUGAAUCAGUUUAUACUAUGAAUAAAAACCACAACUAAAUAUAUAUUUAUAUAUUCAGCUAAAAUUAAAAACUUAAUACUUUCUUUACCCCCGGUUUGUUUAAAAAAUAUUACUAAUAUUCCAUAUUUAUUAACAUUCGAAGGGGGGGUUGAUAACGAAAAAUAGGGUAUAUAAUAUUUACUCUCUUAAAAAUAACUUUAAAAGAGCUAGUGAAUUGAUUUGAAUUCACGAAAAAGUAUUUAGACAUUUUCCUCUGAGAGAAUUGAGGCUAUUGUUUGAACAUCAUACGAGGUUGGAACGAAAAAUGCGCACCACCUGGUCAAAUUUGUUCUGCUAAUUCUCUUGGAGAUAGCUAUUUGCAAUAUGUUAACUACACAAAAAUAUAAUAAUGAACUCGACAAAGAAAAAGCAUCAGUCAUGCAACGACGUGGAAAAUGCUUAUCUAAUUUAGAUAUAAAAGAUUUAGAAGACAUAAAUACAUUGGAGAUAUGUACUCCUCAAAUUAUCGAAGAAUUACUACAGUUUGUUGUUACUCCCAAAGAAAACGCGUCGACAAAAUUUAACUUCUCGUCAUGUCAGUACAAAUCAAACGGCAGGAAUAUAACAUCGCCCAAAGAUAUUUCGUUGGGUGGGAAUUCUUGUGCGCUUUUGACGCCUUUGACGUUACAAAACAGCGAUUUUUCAGAUUACUUGAACGACAUCACAGUUGAAGACAUAGUUCAAGUCACAGAGAAUUCAAUUUCUGAUUCUUUUGUUUCGAAUUUAAUUACCAGCAAAUCUUCGGCAAAAAUGACGCUAUUUACGCCUUGUAGUAGUGAUAAGUUGUUUUCGUUCAAUUUUUUCGACAACUUAAAUAUACCAGAAGAUAAUAUCACUCUGGUUGCACCCAAAGCUAAAGAAUUUAUUACUCCUCAAACACCUGUAGUUUUAAAGAAAUCGUUUGAUGGCCAAGAUGAAUUCAACAUAUACUUUCCGCCAGACUAUACAUCGAAUUUAGUGGGUACAUUUCAAGAAUAUAACAGUGAAUUAGCCAUGUUUCCUUUUUCAUGCAACGAAAACGCAAAAAAACAAAAUAAAUACGACGUCAUAAAUAGAACCCAGGGUUUAAACAAAAGAGUUAAAAUGCGACGAAGAAGAUCAAGCAAACAAAAACAUGUGCCGGAAAGCGAAAAAGUUAAAGCUUUUCAUAACAGACUUGAGCGAAAACGAAGAGAAGACCAGUUUGCUCGAUUUCAAAAUUUACAACGCCAUAUACCAAGUCUUGCUAAAAAGAAAAAAGCUGCUAAAAUUUCUGUCUUACGGGGUGCUAUAUCGUAUAUACAAGAACUACAUCGCGAACAGGAAUACUUACAAAAUGUAAAAUUAAUCGAAAAGAAUAGAAACAGCGCACUUUUACAGAUGGUGUAUGCAUUUUCUCAACAUUGAAUAAAUUAUGUAGAGUAUUAGGCAUGCAAUGUAUCACAUGAAACAGCGAUGGCUAACCUUGGAUGAACUAUAAAACACGUGACAAUAGAGUGAGUGAUGUAAUAUAUAAAGGCAUUUGUUUAAAAUAUGGUUUGCUUGUUCAUGUUG